AUGUGUUCCCUGUUGUCUUGUUGGGAUGUGCUUCAUUUGCACAGUUGCUUGUGCUAUAUGGGAGGUGAUGACAGGAUACGACUUCCAAGUUUAUCUCCCCUGGGAAUCCUUCAUCGAUAGGCAAAAGGAGCAGGGUGCUGUCACAAUUGCUGUCCUGGUUUUUCUCUCCUACAUCAUCAUCUUGAACACUGUAGUGCCUAUUUCACUUUAUGUCAGUGUUGAAAUCAUCCGUCUUGCACACAGUCUGUGGAUCAACUGGGAUGUCAAAAUGUACUAUGAUAAAAAAGAUACCCCAGCCAAAGCACGCACAACCACACUCAAUGAAGAACUGGGUCAAAUAGAGUACAUCUUCUCUGACAAAACUGGAACAUUAACCCAGAAUAUUAUGAACUUCAACAAGUGUUCAAUCAAUGGAAGAUCAUAUGGUGACCACGUCGACAGAGACGGGAAUCCUAUUGAAAUUAAUGAGAACACACCCAAAGUGGAUUUAUCUUGGAAUCCGUAUGCAGAGAAAGGCUUUGAGUUUUAUGACUCCCGAUUAGUGGAUGAGAUUAUCAACAACAAUGAAAUGACUCAUCAGUUUUUCAAACUGUUGGCUCUGUGUCACACAGUGAUGCCAGAAAACAAGGAAGAUGGUUCUCUAGAGUAUCAGGCUCAGUCUCCAGAUGAAGGGGCAUUGGUUUCAGCAGCCAGGAACUUUGGUUUUGUAUUCAAGUCGAGGACACCAAGCACUAUCACAAUUGUUGUGCAAGGUCAAGAGGAAACAUAUCAACUUUUAGGCAUUCUAGAUUUUAACAAUGUUAGGAAAAGGAUGUCAGUUAUCGUGAAGAAGGACAACACUAUCCAGCUGCUGUGUAAAGGUGCUGAUACCAUCAUGUUUAAUUUGCUGGACAAGAAGUGCGAUGAACUGAAAGAGCUGACUACGCAUCAUCUGAACGACUUUGCUCAAGAAGGUUUGAGAACUUUAGUAUUGGCCUAUAAAUACAUUGAUGAAGAUUAUUUUCUUGAGUGGCAGAAACGACACCAUGAAGCCAGCACAUCCUUGGAUGAUCGGGAGGGCAAGUUGGAUAGUGUCUAUGAGGAAAUUGAACAGAAUAUGAUUCUGCUUGGGGCCACAGCUAUUGAAGAUAAGCUUCAGGAUGGAGUGCCUGAGACAAUAGCAAACUUAGCCCUAGCUGGCAUUAAGAUAUGGGUUUUGACAGGUGACAAACAAGAAACUGCAAUCAAUAUUGGCUACUCUUGUCGCCUACUAACAGAUGAGAUGGAAGAUCCUUUUAUCAUUGAUGGAGAUACAGAAGAAGAGGUUGAAAGUCAAAUGAAGAAGGCCUUAGAAGAUAUUGACAAUGCUAAAAACAAUAAAAGUAGACUUGGACCAGAGGUCACCUUCCGUAAUGGGUCUACAAAAAUUGAGCAGCAGUCUUACGAUAUUGAGAAUGGAGAUAUUAUAAUUCCAGAGGAUGAAUUUGGGGAAUUCUCUUUGGUCAUCAGUGGACAUAGUCUGGCUCAUGCUUUGAAACCCAAGCUAGAACUGACCCUGCUGAACCUUGGUUGUAUGUGCAAGGCUGUCAUCUGUUGCAGGGUGACACCUCUGCAGAAGGCCUUGGUUGUUGACCUUGUCAAGCAACAUAAAAAAUCCAUUACUCUAGCUGUUGGAGAUGGUGCAAAUGAUGUUAGCAUGAUCAAAAUGGCGCAUAUAGGUAUUGGCAUCAGUGGCCAAGAAGGCAUGCAAGCUGUUCUGGCAAGUGACUACUCAAUAGCACAGUUCCGAUACCUGGAGCGCCUCCUCCUUGUUCAUGGGCGCUGGUCGUACUUGAGAAUGUGCAAGUUUCUGAAGUACUUCUUUUACAAGAAUUUUGCAUUUACAUUAUGUCACUUCUGGUUUGCAUUCUUCUGUGGAUUUUCUGCACAGACUUUGUUUGAUCCUUUCUUUAUCUCUCUGUACAAUGUGUUUUACACAUCACUGCCGGUGCUCGUUCUGGGAAUAUUUGAUCAGGAUGUGAAUGAUAACUACUGUAUAAGGUACCCAAAGUUGUAUGAGCCUGGGCUGAAGAACACCCUGUUCAAUAAGAAACUGUUUUCCUGGAGUGUGGCUGAAGGGGUGAUCUCUUCACUUGUUCUUUUCUUUAUACCAUAUGGAACCUAUCUUAUGAGUGUUGACCCCGUGGGGAAAGAUGUUACAGACACCCAGAGUCUUGGUACAAUUGUGGCUGCUGCACUUGUGUUGACAGUAAAUUUAAGGUGUGCCCUUGACACCAGCUACUGGACAGGAUUCAAUCAUUUUGUUGUCUGGGGCAGCAUUAUCUACUAUUUUUUCUUUCACUUAGCAUUCUACUCAGAUCCCAUCCGCUACAAGUAUUCAGGAGUGGCUUUUGUAGUCUUUGCAAUGCCAUCAUUCUGGCUGUGUCUCCUGCUCACAAGUACACUGCUAUUAGUGCCUGUGCUUGCAUACCGGUUCUACGCCACCAACUUCACCCCAACCCUGUCAGAUCGUGUCAGACUACGGCAGAGGAUUAAGAAAUCCAAAUCCAAGUUUGGUGGCGCCUUACGCAUUCAACGUCAGUCCACAAUGCGCAGAAGCAACCGUUCAAUGCGUUCAGGUUAUGCAUUCGCUCACCAGACAGGCUUUGGUGAACUGAUCACCAGUGGGUUAAACUUCCGGAACAAGGAUCACCCAGCAGUAUUAACCAAGUUCAUUAGAGGGCUUGGAGAUGCGUUGGCAGGUGGUGGUCAGUCGCAGAAACCAUCUUCUUCAUCUUUAAAUAAAUCAGCAACAACAUUGGCUGAAAACAGCGAGAGUCCAAGGGAUGAGAUGAAAAAAAGCAACAGUGCAGAUAAGGGAGUUAAUGAUGCUGUUACAGAUGUCUAUAUUAAUGGUUAUGAAAAUGAUGAUGAUGAUAAAUUGGAGCAUUUGUGA